AUGAGUAAAGAUUACAAGCGCUUAUUGAGCAUCGUAUUGCUAUCUUUGAUCACUGCAUCACAUUCCUUCUUAUUUGGUGGUGGGAAUCCAAUGGGAUGUACCCAAACAAACUGCUGGCCUUUCGGGUCUUCUACAGGUUCUGCAGGUUCUUCCGGCGGUCUCUGCCCGAAUGGUUAUGGAAGCGGGUGUGACACAAACCCGAUUCCCACUUGGCCAGGAUCAACCGGAUGUGCUGAUGGAGGAAUGAAUUGUCAAAAUGGUUUCAUGAAUGACAAUAAUUACCAAAACACAAUGAAUGGAGCCUACCAAAACACAAUGAACGGACCUUAUCAAGGAGUGAUGCCAAAUCCAUGUUCAAAUGAUCAGUUCGGAACGAACUGUAACUAUCCGCCUGCACCGAUAAAUCCUUGUAAUAAUAACAAUAAUAAUGGUGGUGGAGGCGCGAAUAUAUGGUGUUCUCUGUUACCGUAUGAUCAACUCGGCUAUCAGACGCAGUCGAAUAAUAUGAAUCCUUCAAUGCAAGUUCUUGCCGGAAACGGAAUUCCUCAGCAACAAAUAUCACCAUCUCUAUGUAAUGGACUCAAUUGUAAUCCUUAUCAAAAUAUGCCAUCACCUUAUCAAACGUCACCGUUUAUGCAGUCGCUGACCGGUCAAAAUAAUGCAAUGUUCUCCACGAAUUCAUUCCAAAUGGAUCCCUGCUAUGGAAUGAAUGGCUGUAAUUUCGGAUCUUCCGCGUUGCCAUCUUCAUCGGCUUAUUCUUCGCCUCAGGUAGGAAGUGGAUAUCUGAAUAUGAAUCCCAUUUCAAGUGGAUUCUCGAGAUCACCAGGACUUUCAAGAGCUUCAGCAGGAUAUCAGGUCGCUGGGGUACCGUCCCGACAUACGCACAACUAUCCGCCUCCAGUCAUUCUCAUUCAGCAAUCCCCAAAUGCUCCUACAGCAGCAGGUGAGAAACUUUUGAAGCUCAAACCAUCAUUUUAUUCUGCAAAUUUUGUUCGUUUUGGAGGAUUUUCGAUUGGAUUUCUAAGACGUUCAGAGUAG